AUGAUAUCUUGUGAGGACUUGGAGUGGUGGGAAUACACUCAGAUCAUAUACAGGAGACCAUCAGUGUUAGGCAGGAUGUCAAGCCAACCAUCAACUGCAAAGCAGAUUUAUUAUAUGUCUCUAGCAGCCUCUGCUGCCACAUUUGUGCAAGCUACACCAUCGAGUCUUAGUGCACCUAGCAGCCCAGACUUUGAUGACUUUGGAGGCAACAAGAAGAAAGAUCAAAAGCUGAACAAUGGGAUUGGGCUUGAUCUCACACUAAUGGAUACAGACAAUGAUCCCAUCAUUUACAUCAAUGGUAAACCAGUUGCAUUCUCAAAAGUGACUGAAGGGGACUAUGAUUUAAUGACACCAAAAGAGUACACUGCAUAUUUCAAAGUGAUGCAAAUGCAAGAAAUAUAG